GCCCGCCUUGCACGAUGCGCCCGCGCACUGGGCGGAAAAUGAAAAUAACCGGUACUCGAGUUGAUCCAAGGAUUUUAACCAUUAAUAAUAUACCUUUGCCAGUCAAUUAGCUUUAAAAUUAUCAAGUGGAAAGGGAGAGCUUAUAUUCUAACCGUUGUAAAAUUGAAUAUCGGUGUGUACCGGUCCAAAACAGUGUUACGGUGAAAUGUGCGUUAGUUAUUUGUGUAAUGUGAAAUGCUAGAAUGUGAACGCGUCUAGGAAUAAAUCGAUGUGUACCGAUAUCAAGUGAAUUUCAUACGAUACCUCUUGGAUAUACGCCAUGUUAAAAUAUUUAGUGUAAAAUUUGCCAGAUGUUUGCGUAUUUUAAAAUGCAUUCCUAUAAAAUUCUUUCAAUCGCCGAGUGAGAAUACACGUGCGUUUAUUUUCAUCUAAAUAUAGUUCCGGCAUCUGCAAUAUUUGCGAUGACGUCUCAAAAAGAACGCAAGGAUGUUACUGAAGUAAAAGAAACAGAGGAUGAGAAGAUGAAUAAACCAGCACGAAAAGAGCAAAAGGAAAUAACCGAGCUUCCGCCAAGUGGUACGUCUCUACACAAGAGGCGAAGAGGCGAACCACCGGCAUCCUUGUCAGUAAAAUCUCCCCCAACACCAUCAGAUGCAGAAGGCUCAUCUCCAUGCACAGCUGGUCUAUCACCAGAAGAAUCCUGGGGUAUAGAUGGGGACACUACAGAUCCAGAAGCGUUAUGCGAGAGCAUGAUUCAAAGGUUAAAAGACCGCGAUGAUGCUGUUUCAAAACGUGGUACAGAACUAGCCUCAAGAACCAAGGAUACCUUAGAAUCCUUAGAUCAGUUAGAGAAACUCUUAGAGCUUUUAGACCAAUUUGUUACAUUAAAAGAGAAUAAUGACAGAAUUUUACGAAGAUUGAAAGAUGUUAACCAUUUGAAGCGUCUCCAUAACGCGUAUAAGAAGAUUAAUAAAGAAAAUGAAAAGUUAAGAGAUGAGACUAAAGAAUUAGAGCUUAUUAAUGAGGCAUUGGAUGCAGAGUUGGAAUGUGAGUACGGGCAAGCCGUUUUUGAUUCUAUGAUGUCAGGAGGACGGAGUAUGAAGAGAACGGGAUCUAGAUGGAAGAGUCAUUCCAGGUUUGGAGGAUCGCUGUUGAGGAAACAGAGGUCCAGAUCGGCUGGUGGAGAUGACAGUGAUACGUCACCAGGGACCCUCUUGAGGAGGAGAUCUGAUGGAGUGUUCUGCAAAGAAGUUGAAAAGUCAAAAGUUUCCAACUGGACUAGAGUCAAAGCAGCUUUCAAAUGGGAGAAAGCUCAUUGGCCAUCCGCGACCAUCGGUGGUGCAGCCGCAGUGGCCGCGGGGGCCAUGGCCACAGUGGCCCUAGUUGGCUCCACGCCUAGCACGCCAGGCCCACUGAGCCACGCCCCAGUGGUCUUGCCCAACCCUGAGCCCAGGGACUCCGCCAGCUUGACACCAGGCAGCGCCAUCUCACUGUCCCCUAACUCAUCUUGUGAGGAACUACGUAUGGAACCUGGCAUAUGCCGAAGAAGUGGUGUCCGCAGUGACGACCACGAAACUAGUUACCUCCAAGCACCAAUGCAGGACGACAGCUCAACGUCUCCAUCUCCAAACAAACUCCAUAAAAGCCCCUGGGUGAAGAUGCGCGACAUCAUCCAAACCCACCGCGAGUCAGUCAAGAAGAAAGCCAGGCCACCUAAAGGCUCUCCAGAUGUUGUACCAGCGAGGAGACGAUCCUUGAGUGAUGGAGGUGACAGCGACGCUCCACCGGCGCUGACGCUGACCAUUCCAUCAUCUGAGGAGCUAGAAUCCGAAGGUUCACACCCAGUGCUUCGCAAGCAGCGUUCCCUGGAGCUCGGAGCCAGGCCGCCGCAGCACCGGCAGCCGCGUGACUCCAAGUGGUCCAGGGUCAAACGAGCAUUCCUCACCUCGGCGUCUGCCUCCGUUCCCUCCAGUCCGAACAGACACUCUGCCUUCUUUACUGAUGCAGAUACAGAAGGAGUAAGCAGUGGAUGUGAAGCAAGUGCAGUCCGAGAAGAGAUAGCAAGAGACUAUGCGGCACUUCAAACUCGUCUAGGACGAGAGAUCUCAGAUAGAAGGGGUAAACUCGGUUACGUGGCCCCUCGUCCAGUGGCAACAGAAGAACAGUUGUCAGCAGAUUUCAGAAAGAAGCUAACAGAAUGGCAGAGAAUGAAAGGCGUAAGGCAACCACCACCAGUACCUGCGAGAAAAGAUCUCAGCGAAGAUUUCUUAAAGAAAUGGGAUGAAUGGAAGCGAAUGAAAGAAACAAAUUCAGUGCCAGCUUGGGAAGAGGAGGCCAAACCAGACGAGGUUUUGGUUCGCACAUCCACGGGACUCUUCAAGUUUCAUGGAAUUUCUCGUUCCUUCACCCGCAAGCUUCACGAAUGGGAGAAGUCCAGAGGCAUAGCCCCCGAAGCCUCCACGUCUGCCCUCCUCAACGCCGCUCGGAAGGGCAAGUUGCCCUCGUCUCAACUCACGCGCACGCAGUCCGAUGGCAGCGUUGCGCCAUCUGCAGGAUCCGGUCGAAUGCAUGCGUCGAGUCUGAGCGUUAAUGACGCCGACGAUUUUGAAUCCGAAUACGAGAGGGAGCAUUCGCUGGACGGCGCCGACGAAUGUGAUGCCGACAACGCCCGUUCAGCAGUUCUAGUUGAAGUGGAAGCGGAAGAGAUCUGCACAGCCGCCCCGCUGGUGGCGGUGUCGCCUCGACACACCCCUCAGAAGCCGGUCUAUACAUACGGACAAGCUGAAGCCAGGCAUCUGUGUGAGACCAGCUCUGCCAUCACUGGUACUGCUGUGGUGCAGCCGAAUGGUACAGUCGUUCUAUCGGAUUCCCGUAACGUGAUGACAAGAGAACAAACUACAAUGCAAAAGACGACGUCUCGUGACCAGAUAUCAAUACAAGAAAGAAGUUCUAGAUCAAAAAUGAUUAGGCAAGCUAGCAUAGAAGAAGAUGCGAAGUUUAUAAGACAAACAAUUGAAGAAAUAGAAAGAGGGAGUUCCAGUCGCUACAAAGAAGAUACCAGAUCAGAUAUUCAAAAAGAAGUCUUGUACGAAAAGCCAACACCAGCUCCGACUAGCAAAAGUUCAAGUUUAAAAAGCUUAAGACAACUUGAUAAUGUAAAAGAUAGUAAAAACGGUAAAGGUAGUAAUGAUGAUAUGAAAGAUGAAAAUAAACGUAAAGAUUGUGAUAAAAACAAUGGUAAAAAGAAAUCCAAAUCUCGAGCGAGGCUUGAAAGGGAGCAAUCAAAACCAUCUGAGAGCGAUAGUGACCCAGAAGUGGACACAGUGACUGUUGAAAUACCAAGAAGACGUAAACGACAACGCAGACCUUCGGAACGGCCAAGAACUCCUCCCACAUCAAUACAUUCUGAUUCUGAUGGAGAAAUCUUUGUGCUCAGACUUAAAGCACCACAUCAGAGAGACGUGUCCCCUGAAGUGAUAGUAAAAACGACUAGAAAAAUCUUCUCGCCUGUUGUACGAAGCGGUGAAUCUAUUCCGAGAGCUGUGAUACCAGUUAAUGUUGAAGACUUAGAUGACGUCAGACCGAUCCCACUCAGCCGCAAAUCUGAGUGCAGACAAAUAGAACAGCAACAGAAACAAGAAUUGGACAAGUCAAAAAGUGCGGGUGAUAUACAGGAAGAACAGAGGUCUAGGAGACCUCCCUUGCCACUAUCCCCGCCUUCACAAAGAAAACCUCCAUUAAAAGAAGCGUCUCCAUCCAUUCGUAUUAUGAUUCAACGAUACAAUCAGAAAAUUAAUGAAGAAGGGCCUGGAUCAGGCGGCAGUAGCGGCGCGUCUUCCCCAGCCUGGCGAUCACCCAAAUCAGAACGAAGGCGUCCUCCCGACAUGCCUGUUAGUGUUAACAUUAGAAAUAACCCGUUCCUAGAGAGGGAAGUCCAGAAAUCAGCAAGCGCCUGUCAGCUUUCCCGACGAGACCAGACGUCUGUUGAAAAACGUCUCACGCCAACACCACAACCACAAGAUGGCGUCCUGAAAUCCCACAGUGCAAAUGUUUUACAUCCUGAACAAGAGGUUGAAGAAACCCCACCAAAGAUCGAGGAUAGCCAAGAAACCAUUCAGACUAUCACAGCAAGUACAGAUACCAUAAUCCCAAAUAUACCAAAAGAUUUACCUAUCAAGGAAAGAGAAAAGUCGCCUGUUCUGCUCCCAGUUUUAAGACAGCAAUCUGAGAUAAUAAUUCCGACACUAUCCAGGUUUAUGCCACAGAACCCUUGUCAUUACGAGAGAUCCAUGUCCACGAUGGAAACCCCGGCUUUGUCGAAAGAGGCGGAAGCUAUGAACGCCAGGUUUUCGGAAAGAGCCGCUCGAAUAAGGGCGGCUAGAGAUAAGUUUCUGGCAUCACCGUCAGCUGUUCCUUUGAGACGUGAGGGGACGAGUUCUGCAAGUGAUUUGAGGCCAGCUGAUCGGUCAAGCCGCGUCAGUUGUGGAAGUGACGUCACAGAAGAUCAGAACAGUGCACAAGAGGCAGCUCUAGGGCGAAGCGCGUCGACCGGCAUGGUCAAUGUGGACAGAGACGCUUGGCAGAGGAUUGCUGAAGGUCCUCGCCGAGAGCGGCCCCGCUCUCGGUUCAGCCUGGCGCGGCUGGCGGCCAAGCUGCGGCGCAAGGAGGAGAGCGCGGUGUCCCGGCUGUGUCGCCAGAGCCUCUUCGUGCAGUUGCGGAAACAGUGAAUAAAUGUAGUCC